AUAUAAUCUGAUUGGAUGUGAUAUGUGAAAGCGGAUUCUCUUUCUUGAAUCAGAAUAUCACUUCCUUCUUCGCAGAGAAUCCCCAUUCCGCGCGUAUGCGCGCUCGUUCCUUGGCCACUUAAUUCUACUCCGUAUUUAUUUUCACACAACGCUGAUUGAUUGCAAGACUGAAUUCAUCCACCCUAUAGUGCUUGCUCAAUAUAGAAAAAGAAACUAAAGUCGGACUACAAAUAUCAAAUCUUUUGGAUAGAAACAUCUCUUAAUUCAAAAAGAGGAAUGGGAUUUGCGUCUGAUUGCUCCGAAAGAGGGUAUUUUGCUGGGGGAUUCAGAAGCAUUGUGCGGAGGAAGCAGGUUGAUUCUGCCGCUGUCUCUUCUGCUAAUUCAAAUAAGUCAUCCUCUCAUUCUUCUCCUGCGCACAGCAGAUUUCAUCCUCAUCAUCAUCAUCAGUUGGCUAAGGCCUUGACCGUCCCUCACCUCAUUGUCAUAGGUGUUGGUUCCACAGUUGGUGCUGGUGUGUAUAUUAUAGUUGGCACUGUUGCCCGAGAGCAGACAGGCCCAGCACUCACCCUUUCCUUUUUGAUUGCUGGGAUAGCAGCAGCACUUUCUGCCUUCUGCUAUGCUGAGCUUGCAAGUCGUUGCCCUUCUGCUGGGAGUGCUUAUCACUAUUCUUACAUAUGCAUUGGAGAAGGUGUUGCUUGGUUGAUUGGAUGGGCGAUGAUAUUGGAAUACACAAUUUCAGGGUCUGCAGUAGCACGCGGCAUAUCUCCAAAUCUGGCUUUACUCUUCGGAGGUCAGAACAGUCUCCCAACCUUUUUAGCUCGGCAGACAAUCCCUGGGCUUAAUGUUGUUGUGGACCCGUGUGCAGCAAUGUUAGUUUGCAUUGUCACUGGGCUUUUAUGCUUUGGAAUCAAGGAGAGUACAAUGGCUCAAGGAUUCAUCACGUUCGCCAAUAUAUUGUCAUUGGUUUUUGUAAUAAUUGCCGGUGGAUAUCUGGGCUUCAAAACGGGAUGGCCUGGAUAUGAGCUUCCUGUCGGGUAUUUUCCAUACGGGGUAAAUGGAAUGCUGGCAGGGGCCUCAACUGUCUUUUUCUCAUAUGUCGGGUUUGAUACAGUUGCCAGUACAUCUGAGGAGGUAAAAAAUCCUCAGCGUGACCUGCCUUUGGGAAUUGGCUUGGCAUUGAUGAUAUGCUGCAUGCUAUAUAUGUUAGUCUCAGCUGUUAUUGUUGGUUUGGUACCCUACUAUGCUAUGGAUCCUGAUACCCCAAUUUCCUCUGCAUUUGGGAGCCAUGGUAUUAAGUGGGCAGUAUAUAUAAUAACUAUGGGAGCUUGUACUGCUCUUUGCUCGACACUGAUGGGUUCCAUCUUACCUCAGCCACGGAUAUUUAUGGCCAUGGCCAGGGAUGGAUUGUUGCCAUCGUUUUUUUCGGAUAUUGACCCACAUACUCUUGUUCCAGUCAAGAGCACUGUAGUUACGGGUUUACUCUGUGGGGCCUUAGCAUUCUUCAUGAAUGUUGAUCAAUUAGCAGGAAUGGUUAGUGUUGGUACACUUCUUGCUUUCACAGUUGUUGCAAUUUCUGUGCUCAUACUUCGGUAUGUUCCACCAGAUGAGGUUCCACUUCCCCCAUCCUUUCAGGAUGCCAUAGAUGCUGUAACCAUCCACUAUAGUGGCAGUAAAAAUGAUGAUGAUAUUAUCGAGAGUACCAAAACUGUUUCUGCAACCAUUGAUGAUCAUGUUCCAUUGUUAGUCAAGGCACCCUUUUGGCAUCCUCUUCAGGAGAAAGCAGCGGCUCAAUUCAGCUGUUUAGUAAGUGAAAGACGGAAGCUUGCUGGAUGGGCUAUCUUGCUUACCUGUGUUGCGGUGCUUGUACUUGCUUCUGCUGCUUCUAGUUUUGUCCUGCCAAACUCACUGAGGUUCAUACUUUAUGGAGUUGGUGGAACCAUUCUGCUAUCUAGUUUGUUAGUGCUGACUUCCAUACACCAAGAUGAUGCAAGACACAACUUUGGACAUUCAGGAGGUUUUGUCUGUCCGUUUGUUCCUCUUUUGCCAAUUGCCAGCAUUCUCAUCAAUGUCUACUUGCUAAUAAAUCUUGGUGCUGCGACUUGGGCCCGUGUAUCCAUAUGGUUGCUCCUAGGGAUGCUGGUUUAUAUUUUCUAUGGCCGGACCCACAGCGUGCUACGGGAUGCAGUUUAUGUGCCUGCAGCCCAUAUUGAUGAAGUUUACAGGAACUACGAUGCCUCUUCGGCAUAGUUCAUUUUACUGUUUAAGCAAAUGGAAAUCAGCGUUUCCUAUUGCACUUGAUGUGUGUUUCAAUCAGUGUAAUUGCAUCUAUUGUAUCAUUCGUCUGUACAGCAUUCAUUGCCCAUCAUAGCUUAUAGUGAUGGCGUGCUGGGGCCAGACAAGAUAGGAGGAGACAACAAAGGGAAGUAAUGGUUUCAAACCUGCAAAUGGUAAAAACCUUUCUGCUACCCAAUGUACAUAUGAUAUGUAUGCUGUGUAGCAUUGUGAGCUUCAUAAAUCAUAUGAGGAGUUUUAUUAGAAACGUACUCCCUGUAGAAUAAAUGUAAAAUUAUUGCUAAUCUGUAGUGGUAUUAUGUUGUUGUCGAACAUGCUCGAGCAUCCUGAGACGGCCCAGCAACUACCUGCUUCAUAUCCUGCCGGAGAUCAGCCUGCAGCUGAAAUAGCCCAGGACCAUCAAUUGGCACCCCCACUCUAGUCCUAUCUGUGACAUGCCACAGCCUUGUGCAUUGAUAUUAUUGCUUUAUAAAUAAUAAGAAUUAUAAAUGGGUAUACCCAGUUCUGGUUCCAGACCACUUCUUUAAUACAUUUAAAAAAAAGAACCAAACCUGGAACUGAAUCUGGUCUUAUUUUGGAGGAAUUAGAACAGGUUUGGAGUUUGGAAUGGUAUCAGACAUUAGAAAAAUGGGUGUGGGUUGGAUUUUCAUCCCAGUUUGGUUAUUGGUUCGAUAGGCUCAAAAUAGUAGAUUUGGUUGUCUUGGACUCUUCGGUUUGUGUUCACCGUAGGAGUUGAGUAUUGAUAGGCAUGACAAGUAUAUAGAAAUUCGAAGUUUAGACAGUGUUAAGUAGAUGCCAGAAUUAUUAGAUACGUGUUUUACUUUUAAUAACCAUAAUUUAUAAUUUAGGGAAUUUUAUGAAAUUCCACA